AAUCAGGUUCGAGAACGGCAGCUUUUUGAAAACGUUGGCGGCCGAGAAAGUUCAAAAUAGCAACACCGAGCUUUCUCUGCUAAAACGUUCAUACUACAAUUCUUUACUACGAUGCAGAAUAAGGAAAAUUAUGAGCCAAGAGGCUUCCAGCGACCGUUCACAACCCCCACCAUGGUGGCUGGCCCACAGCGUGUUCAGGUGAAGCCACGAGCAGAACAAAACACCAUCACAGGUCCUGGGAGAGAGUGUGUUAGCUCAUCCAGUGCAGCCUCAAAGAAGAUCUCCAUCGAUGACUUUGACAUUGGUCGACCGCUAGGGAAGGGUAAAUUUGGUAAUGUGUACCUUGCGAGGGUGAAGAAGCUGCAGGCCAUCGUGGCGCUGAAGGUGCUGUUCAAGUCACAGAUGGAGAAGGAGGGUGUGGAGCAUCAACUGAGGAGGGAGAUCGAGAUUCAGGCACAUCUCAAGCACCCCAACAUCUUGCGCUUCUACAACUAUUUCCACGACCGAAAGAGGGUGUUCUUGGUGCUUGAGUACGCCCCACGUGGUGAAAUGUACAAGGAGCUGCAGAGAUGUGGAAGAUUUGAUGACCAGCGUACUGCCACAUAUAUGGAGGAGAUAUCUGAUGCACUGAUGUAUUGCCACGAGAAGAAAGUGAUUCAUCGAGACAUCAAGCCGGAGAAUCUGCUUCUCGGCUAUCGUGGAGAACUGAAAAUUGCCGAUUUCGGUUGGUCCGUCCAUGCACCCUCUCUGAGACGUCGUACCAUGUGCGGGACGCUGGACUACCUCCCUCCAGAGAUGAUUGAGGGCCACACCCACAGUGAGAAAGUGGACCUGUGGUGCAUCGGGGUCCUCUGCUAUGAAUGCUUGGUGGGUAACCCACCUUUUGAGACUGCAAGCCAUUCGGAAACAUACAAAAGAAUUAUGAAGGUGGAUUUGAAGUUUCCUAAAAACAUCUCAGACGGUGCACGAGACCUGAUUGCCAAGCUGCUCCGCCACAACCCUAUUGAUCGUCUCUCACUACAGAGCGUCAUCGACCAUCCAUGGGUGCGCACUAACUCCCGCCGAGUCCUGCCCCCCAUCUGCUCCGGCAAGAAACCCUGAGCCCACCUGGCCGCCCACUUUGUUUUAUCUCCCUCACAAGAGACUCGGGCCACGAGCGCGCUUCGGUUUCACUGCCACAGGCUUCAAACUGCCAUUAUUCUGGCACAUUUUAUGAUGGGUUUAAAUCUAUACCUCCUUUUUAUAUUGUACAGUGUGCUGUCAUUAUCUAUGUCUAGUAUGUUCCCUAGGGGUGUUUUGUUUUUAUUGUCAUUCUGUCUCUGAAACUUUUUUUAAAAUGGACACUGCUCUGUUUUGCAUUUCUGUAUCUGAAGGUGUUGACACCAAAGUACUACUGUUAUAGAAUGAUUAAAGGUGACUAUAUUCUCAAAUAGUUUAAGAUGAUGUGUUUGGGGUGGAAAGCAUGUUUUAUUUUCCCACAAGCUAUACUUUACAUUUCUAAUAAAUAUUAUAAAGGACUUUGUGGACUUUUAACGAA